ACUCCCAUUGCUGAACCAAGCCUUCACUGCCUUGUACCUGCUACAGAAAUCCUUCACAAGAUCAACAGUGCUCUGUGGUGUGACACUAGACCGCCGUAGAAAUCUGUGAUCUUAGCUCAACAACCCGAAUGACAUCAAGCGGACCAGCGGCGGGAGCACCGAACGUGGCAGGAGCCGCGAUGUCAGAACCUUCGACUGCCAUCCCCGCAGUUCCAACCGCCACUGGAAGUCCACCUGCGGCACCUCUCGUUCAAGCAGCCGCCCUUACAAUCACCAUUCCUCCCCCUACUGUCACGUCCUUUACAGUAAAAAAUCCGCUCGCAGCCAUGUCAGCGUCCAAGCCACGUCAUCGGAGAAAAAGCACCAGCAGGCGAGCUCAGUCCGUUUCGCCGAUGAUGCUGACGUGGAGCCCGCCGAAACUGGCGUCGCGAAUGACGGAGGAGGGGAAGACGCAGGGGGAGGGGGAGGAGGAGCGUCGACGCUGAUUGCCAAGGGAUCGUCAGUGGAUGGCGGCGCGGAGCUCAGCGCGUCGGAACCGUCUGACGACGGAAUACCGUUGGAGUCGACGAGCCGCGCGAGCAGCCAGCGGGAGCGCGAGGAGUGGCAGCUGGACGUGAGCCAGUUCGAGGCGGCGCGGCGAGACCUCAACGAAAGCCGGGGGAGGAAGCGAAUGCUCAAGCUGGGUGGGCGGAACCCCGUGGACGGAUACUACCGGCAGCAGAACGAGAUGAUUGACGGAUUUAGCGAGAUGGACGCUCUCAGUGAGCAGCUGCUGCCGCCCACUCCCAGCGAGGUCAGGGAGGCGCAGAGGCUCCAUCGCAGCGAAUUCACGGCUGUGCAGGUGUCCAACGGCGCCAACGUGUGUCUGUUUAUCGUCAAGAUCAUCGCCUCAGUGGUCAGCGGCAGCCUGGCCAUCAUGGCGUCCACGCUGGACUCGCUCCUGGACCUGCUCUGCGGGUUCAUCCUCUGGUACACGGCGCGGGCCAUGCGGAAGAAGAAUCCGUACAAGUACCCAAUUGGGAAGAGACGGAUGCAGCCGCUGGGCAUCAUAGUGUUUGCGUCCAUCAUGGCGUCUCUCGGCUUCCAAAUUCUUCUAGAGGGAGUCAGGAAGCUCUCAGAUUCGAACCACGAGUCCGGCCUGCCUGAGAAGUGGCCGGUGUAUGUGGGCAUCAUGUGUCUUGUCAUCCUCACCAAGGCCAUCCUCUUCCUCUACUGCCGCCUCUUCUCCGACGAUAUCGUGCAAGCCUACGCUCUGGACCACAUGAUGGACGUGGUGACCAACACGGUGGGGCUCACAGCAGCAGUGCUGGCGGGGGAAUACGCCUGGUGGAUCGACCCGGUCGGGGCUAUCGGCCUCGCCCUCUACACCAUGUUCAACUGGGGCCGCACCGUGCUUGAGAACGUGCGCUCCCUGACGGGACGAACGGCGCCGCCUGCCUUCCUGCAGAAGCUGACUUACCUGUGCUGGAACCACCACCGGGAGAUCCUGGCCAUUGACACCGUCCGAGCGUACACCUUUGGAGCAUCAUACUUCACUGAAGUGGAUGUCGUGCUGCCUGAAGAAAUGCCACUCAAGGAGGCACACGAUAUAGGCGAGGCUCUCCAAAACAAGCUGGAGCGGCUGCCAGAGAUUGAACGAGCGUUCGUUCACCUGGACUAUGAGGUAUCGCAUCGGCCGGAGCAUCACCACCAUCUCUCAACGUUCAAUGUCCCGAACGCACCCUCGCCAAGCAGCUUCUCUGGUGAUCCAAGAUCCCCUUGACCAGGUCACUCCAUGCAAGGCGUUCGUCCGAAUCUAUGAUGGUUUGACCUUCUUGGAACAUUGCUAAAAAGAAAUUGGUCACAUGUUUUGCAUGCGGAGUUAUGCGUUCCUUCUUGGCUAUGUAAGCCUUUUCUAGGUAUAGCAAAAUGAUUUUAUAAUGGAAGUUCACAAUACCCAAC